UAGUAAAAGGUAGAGAAUUUACUUUGAGUUUAUCUUUUUGAAGAUCUAGUGCAGCAGGUGAACUUAGUUUUUCUGGCAGCCCGGGCUUAACCUCCAUCUAGCCCUGAAUUCACUAUAAAUGUAUUUAUUUAAAAAACAAAAUCGGUCCUAGUCUGGGUUGAAGCCUACCCUAGCCUAAGGGUAGUUCUGCCCCUGUAUGUGGCUGUAACUGUUGGUCCAUCGAGGAUAAGUUGUGAUUACAUUCUUAGCAUGUGCUUCAUUCACGAGAAGGUUUUAAUUGUAAUGUUUAAACAUUCAGUUGCGUAAAAUGUUCGAUUACAAGUCCCAAUACUUGAGUGGCCAGAGGGAGAAGUUUGUUAGGUUGGACGACUUGGACUCUAGAUUAUCAUCACCUUCUGAUGCAAGAGGUAAAAAAUGUGGAUUUGGCAUAGAAGGAUUUGGGCGUGCUGGUCAGGGAACCGGUACAACAACAACCUCCAGAUCUUUUAAGAAAGGAAUUAGAAAAGGGUCCGAAGGACUUAAGUCUAUUGGUCGGUCACUUAGAUUUGGGGUGUCUAGGGCAGUAUUUCCAGAAGAUCUUAAGGUUUCCGAGAAGAAGAUUUUUGAUCCUCAAGACAAAUUUCUCCUUUUGUGCAACAGAUUAUUCGUCAUAUCAUGUAUUUUGGGAGUGUCGGUGGACCCUCUUUUCUUUUAUCUUCCGGUUUUUAAUGAUCCAUCAAACUGUCUUGGAAUAGAUAGAAAAUUAGCAAUUACAGCAUCUACUUUGAGAACUGUUAUUGAUGCUUUCUAUCUUAUUCGUAUGGCCCUUCAGUUUCGGACAGCUUAUAUAGCUCCGUCUUCUCGUGUAUUCGGGCGAGGUGAACUUGUGAUAGAUCCUGCACAAAUAGCCAAGAGAUACUUGCGUCAGUAUUUCAUCAUUGAUUUUCUUUCUAUCCUUCCCCUACCACAGAUUGUCGUUUGGAGAUUUCUUCAGAGGUCAAAAGGCUCAGAUGUCCUGCCAACUAAACAGGCGUUGCUUUUGAUUAUCUUGCUUCAAUACAUUCCUAGGUUUUCUCGAGUUUUCCCAUUGUUUACAGAAAUGAAAAGGACAACUGGAGUGUUUGCUGAAACGGCUUGGGCAGGUGCCGCCUGUUAUUUGCUAAUGUACAUGCUUGCUAGUCAUAUAGUUGGUGCAUUCUGGUAUUUGUUAGCUGUAGAGCGACAGGACACAUGCUGGCAAAAGGCUUGCAAUCGUACUGAUCAGUGCAAUAAAAAAUAUCUGUAUUGUGGCAAUCAAUUCAUGGAUGGUUAUGGUUCCUGGGCCAACAUCAGUAGUAGCGUUCUUAAGUUAAGCUGUGAAGCAAAAGAUGAUAAUGGACCAUUUGAUUAUGGAAUAUAUACUAAUGCUUUAACAUCUGGAGUUGCAUCGUCAAUGAAGUUCGUCUCCAAGUAUUGCUACUGCUUAUGGUGGGGACUCCAGAAUCUGAGCACACUUGGCCAGGGGCUUCAAACCAGCACGUAUCCAGGAGAGGUUAUAUUUUCCAUAGGAUUAGCUAUUCUUGGGCUAAUCCUUUUUGCACUUCUGAUUGGGAACAUGCAGACCUAUCUUCAGUCGCUUACAAUUAGAUUGGAAGAAAUGAGAGUGAAAAGGCGUGACUCAGAACAAUGGAUGCAUCAUCGACUGCUUCCGCAAGACCUUAGGGAACGGGUAAGGCGAUAUGACCAAUACAAGUGGUUAGAAACACGGGGUGUAGACGAAGAGAAUUUGGUUCAGAGCCUACCAAAGGAUCUUAGAAGGGAUAUUAAACGGCAUCUUUGUUUGGCGUUGGUGAGGAGGGUUCCUCUCUUUGAUAAUAUGGAUGAGAGGUUGCUUGAUGCCAUUUGUGAGCGGUUGAAACCGUGCUUAUUUACAGAGCAUACUUACAUAGUUCGAGAAGGAGACCCAGUUGAUGAAAUGCUUUUUAUAAUACGUGGUCGACUUGAGAGUGUAACCACAGAUGGUGGAAGGAGCGGCUUCUUUAACCGUAGUUUGCUAAAGGAAGGUGAUUUCUGUGGAGAGGAGCUUUUGACCUGGGCAUUGGAUCCUAAAUCCGGUGCCAAUCUGCCAUCUUCUACGCGCACAGUGAAGGCAUUAACGGAAGUGGAGGCUUUUGCACUCAUAGCGGAAGAGUUAAAGUUUGUGGCUAGUCAGUUCAGGCGUCUUCACAGCAGGCAGGUUCAGCACACGUUCCGAUUUUACUCACAGCAGUGGAGAACUUGGGCCGCUUGCUUUAUUCAAGCUGCAUGGCGACGCUAUUCCAAAAGGAAGACUUUGGAGCUUCGUCGGAAAGAAGAAGAGGACGAAGUAGAAGCAGAUGAAACUCGGAGCACUUCUAGCGGAUAUAGUAUAGGUGCCACCUUUUUGGCUACCAGAUUCGCAGCCAAUGCUCUUCGCGGUGUUCAUCGUAAUAGGAAUGCAAAGACUGCUAGGGAAUUGGUGAAGUUGCAGAAACCGCCUGAGCCGGAUUUUAGUGUUGAAGAUGCUGAUUGAUUUUAAAUUUAUGGAAGUUCAUAAUCUUAUUACAUGUGCUUGCAUGGCCAAAUACUACGUAAAAUACAUAUUCUAUAUUGUGAAUCAGAUUGUUAAUUUUAGUGACUUUAUUUAUUA